CUGCCUCACCACCACUCUCUCCAAAUUAAAUUAAAAAAAAAAAGUAUACCCUUCCAGAACCAUGUUAUUUGCAUGUACAUACAUAUAUUUGUAUUAAUGGAAAAAUAUGAUUUUGUGAAUUAAGCACCUUUUUCUCGGGGAAAAAAAAGUCAUGAUGUAAGUUUUUCUGCACAUAAAAACAUACGUUUUUAUUACUUGUGCCAGGCCACAAGACAAUAGGGAUCAUUUCCAUAGUGUAUAAAUCUGUGCUGCCUCAUCUAAAACGUUUUAAACUUUAAUUUUGGCAGUCUUUCUUAAUCCCCCGCAAAAAUAAUUUCAGGGAAGGAAAGGAGUCUAUUACACGGAGCCUCCUUCAGCAAGGUUUAGGGAAUUGUGACCCCAGGUGGCCAGAGAGGGAUUUUAAAGAAAGAACGACGAGGAUUUUCUCUCAAAAGACCUUUAACUUUUCCUUCUCGCCAAGUCCAGCGUAGGCUGGGGAUGAGCUCCUGCCUCUUUUAGGCGGUCUUACUAAAAGGACCCCAAUACCGUGACCGACCCCGGGCCCUCCUAAGUUGCCCCUUCUUGCAGCCUUUUGCUGAGUAGCGCGGGAAGAACCAGCUUGGUUCUCUGGUCCGCUCAGCCACCUCUGGCCCCACUGGGCCCCGCCCCCGGCCCCGCCCCGCUUGCCCUGCUUCAGCCGCCCGGCCCCGCCCCAUUCGGACAGGCCCCGGCCUGCCCUGCGGGGACUCGCGGAGAGAGCUGACUCCCUCCCACACGAACCCGGCCGCGUGUGUUUGGCCUGAGUCAAAGCCGCGAAGAUCCGGAGCCAUGUGGAGGACUGUCCAUGCCGUGUUCCGGACCCCCGGAACCCCACUCCUGCUCCGGAGGUCAAUGUCCACAUCUGCCCUUCUCGCCCAGAAGUCUGCGACCUUGACCGUCACCCCCAAGACUGGGCUGGCCGACGAGCUGCUAGAUAUUAAAGUGGAGGGCUUAGGUCCCAGGGAGAGGGUGACCCUUCGGGCGUCGGCCGUCAGCUACCGAGGCCGCCUCUUCCGAUCGCUGGCCCACUACGAGGCGGACGGCCGCGGGGGGUUGGACCUGGCCAGGGACCGGGCUCUGGGCGGCGACUUCACGGGCGUGGAGCCCAUGGGGCUCCUGUGGAGCCUCACGCCGGUCGGCUCGGAGGAUCCCUGCUUCAGCCAGAUGCCGAGAGGCGUGAUGAAAACCCCCCUCAAAGUGGAGGUGACCGUCCACCACGCGCCGCAGCAGCAGGCGGUACCGCUGGGCCCGGCGCUGGCCUCUGCCCAGGUGCAGCGCUGGUUUUCCAGCCCGGAGCUGAGCCGUGCUCGCCUGCAAGCCGGCCGCCUGCGGGGCGUCUUCUUGCUGCCCCCAGGAGAUGGUCCUUUUCCUGGUUUGAUUGAUAUGUUUGGUGAUGGAGGAUUAAAUGAAUCUCGAGCUAGUCUCCUGGCUUGUCGAGGUUUUGCUACUCUGGCUUUGCCAUUUUUUGGCUAUGAAGAUCUACCUCCAAUCAUGAAAGACUUAAAUUUAGAUUACUUUGAAGAGGCAGCUAAAUUUGUGCAAAGUCACCCAAAGGUUAAAGGUCCAAACAUUGGAGUGAUUGGUUCUGGCAAAGGGGCAGAGUUGGCAUUUUCCAUGGCUAGCUUUCUCCCAAAUAUAGCUGCAGUUGUGAGCAUCAACGGCUGUGUCUCUAACACAGCUACUGCCCUUACAUGUGGUAGAUCAAUCCUGCCAGGACUGCCUUUUAACCUAGACAAAAUCUCUGCCAUGGAUUCAGGGGCUUAUGAUGUUAAAGAAGCGCUGGAGGACCCCUUGGAUCCAGCCUACCGGGAAAGUCGUAUCCCCCUUGAAAAAGCCAGUGCCCAUUUCCUUUUUAUAGUCGGAGAGGAUGACAGGCAUUGGAAGAGUUCUGUUUAUGCUGACAUAGCUGUGAAGCAUCUCACAGAGCAUGGGAAAACAAAUUUUACUCUCUUAAGCUAUCCUAACGCCGGCCACAGAAUAGAUCCCCCUUACAGCCCUUUUUUCUCUGUAUACCUUGAUCCCGUGUUGGGAGUGCCUGUUUUGGGAGGUGGGCAGCUAAAAGCUCAUGCUGUCGCUCAGAUUGAGUCUUGGAAGAAGAUCUUGGAAUUUUUGCACUUGCAUCUAGGGUAAAGUCUAACAAACUAAGUUUAGAAUAUGUGCAGAACCAUUUAAGGGAUUGAUUGAAUAUUUUUGACAAAUGACUGAAAUCUAGAUCUCUCAUGGGCAUCUGCAAGCUUUUAAAAGAAGUAAAAAUACUUGCUUCAAGUUCAUCAGAGCCUGUAACUUUGGUGACUAUCCAUGUUUCUCCAUGUUUGAUUGGUUUGAGCUUCAACUCAAGGCCUGUAGCAACAAGUAGAUCCAAAGCCAUAGUUUCUGGUGAACAGCUUUUGGGAUCUAUUUUGCCAUUUUGCAGGAUUUAAGAGAACAAAGAAAGGAUCCAAAGUAUAUAAUUCUUCAUUCUU